UCAGCGUAUUGUGUGGUUGUGUGUGGCCAAUCUUCAGUUUAAAAUAAGGUAAACUUUAGUCGUGCUCUGGUCGUAUUGAAGCUCUCUCAAAGUUGUGUAGCUAUUUAUUGCACGUAACCUCCACAUGUAUUGUUUGUUGAACAAUGGAAUCAAGGUUAAGUCAGCUUGACCUAAACAACCUGGAGUCCUCAUUUCAUCAGAACCUGUUGUCCACUUUUACCGACCUGACGGAGAACCUGCAGCAACUGAUCAGCGAUGUCGAGACUGAUGCGAGGACAACAGACGACAACCAGGACAUCAAAUAUGGCAUUUGGGAGCUUGUAGAGAGUUUUAAGCAUGGCAUGAAAGGAAUUGAGAAGUUUAUUGAUGCCCUGAAUAACGAAUCAGCGUUGCUGGAUAGAGAAAUUGAAGCAAUAGAGGUUAAAAGACAAGAAUAUCUCACAGAAAGAGAUGUUUUGAUUGAAAAAGGGCAUGAAUUAAACUGUCGAAUAGGAUACAAUGCACUAGAGAGAAAACUUGAUGAGUCUUUCAGCAGUAUUGAGAAAUAUGCCAAUGAAGCAAGUGCUAAAUGUUUUAGAGAUGAAGCAGAAGAGACCUUAAAGCAAACACAUAAUCUUAUCCGCAUCGCAAACAUGAGAGCUUGUCAGUUAGACAGAGACACUUUUAAAGAAAUGGAAAAGAUCACCACCCUGUUUGAAAAUUUUGAGCGAGACAGAGAGUACUAUGUCAAAGAGUUGGAUUUAUUUUCAGAUAUGAAACGCAACAAGAUUUCUCUUUGUCUAUCGGAGCCUUGUUCACAUGAAGUCAGAGAGAAAGGUGAAAAUAUUCUGGACUAUCUUAAUUUGUCUCAGAAACAAAGACAUAUGGAAGCACAGGUUAUUAAAAACACUCUGAGGAUGUAUUCCUUCAAUGCAUCCUUGAACUUUGACAGAGAGGACAACCUAAAGAUGAUGGAGGAACUCACCAAUCUUCAAAGUAGAGCCAACAAACUCACAGGGGCUGCCACCAUUUUACCCAGGAGUGCCAAGGCCAAGAUGGAUGUGACUAUUGAGGAAGAUCCCAAUAGAGAGGAUGAAGGGCGAGCAGGAGGAGAAAAAGAAGAAGACAAUGAAGGAAGAGGCAAAGGACUGCAUAGAUGUCCACGAAAAAUUAAUUUGGCCACCGAACCUAUCACUGAGCCCACAAUGGUUGUUCAGCUAGAGGCUCUACUGAAAUGGGAAGACUCAGUUGUGACCCCAUCAACAUCAUGUGACAUUGACCUAGCAGACGUGGUAGAGGAGAGUUUCACCGAGACACAAAGCUUGACUGUUGCAUCCAACAGCCUAACAAUGACAGAGGGAAAACUUGCCUUUUCUCUGUGUGGAGAUGCUGAAGCUGCUCACAUCCGACCCUCACGUUUAAAUGUGACAGAUGAAGAUGGCUGUUUGGUCAAAACUGAUCCUAAACCAAUCAUCUCAAGUACUCAUAGUUUUCUAAGUCAUCUGGAGUCUUCUACUGGACUGCUUGGUUCAGAUCAACAGAUGAUGGGCUUAGUAAGAAAAAAACAUAACUCUCGGCCCGUAGGAAGUCUGACCAAUGUGUUAGACUCAGAGAAAGUCAUUUUAGGUUGUCGAGAUAAUGAUUCCCCACCUAGGGACACAAGGUCUCAGAGCAGUGAGCACUCAAGGCCAACUUUCAGUGGCAAUAGAAGCCGUGAACAUGUAUCUAACUCAGGUUGUACUGGGGACUGAUUGUGUACCGUAGAGAACUUUUCUUUUGGUUACUAAAAAUAGUUUUUGCAGACUAAAAUGCUUGGCAGUCAAUGAGCUAUAAGAAAUCUACUUUUAUGACAACAUUUGUAACAUGCUCGACUCAAAAUAAACUGUUGUUUUUUUUCUUAUAU